AUGUCGAAUUUUGGCGAUUUUCAACUCCCAAGCCUGCCUUUCCAGCUGCCAUCGGCAAUACUUUCGUUUCCAGAUGAUUACCUGCUCACCCAAUUCAACCCCGACGCUCUGUUUCCCUCCAAGCUCUCAACCCAAUUGUCCGAGAUCCUAGCGGAAUUAGUCGAAACAUCGAAAUCAAUGACCUUCGGAAGCACAGGCACAAUCCACCAGCUUGACUUUGCUGAACUUUCUCAUCUCCUUGACGUCUCCCAUAUCACAGCGUCCAUAUCGGCGUUCUUCCAGUCGCUCCACUGGCACCUGCCGGUGGUACAUUUCCCCACAUUCGAUCCUGGCAACAUAGCCAAUUCCUUGUUACUCGCUAUUUUUCUAUCGGGUGCUACAUACACAAUACCGCUGGAUGGGAAAGGCUUGCCAUCCGCCCUUUUUGAUGUUGCGGAAGAGUACAUAUUUCGACAAAUCGCGAGUCUAUCAACACUCACUUCGCAGAAGAGCCAUUCAACAACGCAGCUGAUACAGAGUGCGCUUAUAAUUGAGAUGCUUCAGUUUGGACGUGAUAAUAUGCAAACAAGACGUCGCAUUCGCAUCGUUCGACAUCCAUGUUUGGUGUCUACAAUACGCUCGUUGGGAAUUUUCCAGCUGAAGCGGGAGGCUGCUCCAGACAUCUGCGAUGAAAGCAUAUGGAGACAGUUGGUUGCAGAGGAAGUGUGUAUCAGGUAG